GCUACCAGCCCUCUGUCCGGAAGGCUGGUAAUUGAUUGGAUCAUUAUGGUCCUAAUUCUUAUCCCAGGGUCUGUGUAUGUAAGUUAUUUAUUUCAGCAGGCACACAUAAACAUCAAGACUUCUCUUAUUUAGUUGUGCAGCAAGCUAGCGUGGUAACCACAGUUUCCUCUGUCUCAACGGAAGACAAGUAACAGUCACAGGUGCAUGCAAAAAGGCGGCAGUAAGUAGAUGAGCCUCUUCAUGAAAAACAAAACUGCAAUGGGAGCUGUUCAGUGAGGUCGAGCUGGGGAACUGGAGUCUCCUGUGGUCAAAACAAGAAGAAGAGCCAGUGGAGUCACCACUUCCAGACCGCAAACCAGAGCACAAUUAGGAAUAUCAAACUACUGCACUGAGGAUGUCUGUCUGUGGAAGAAUCUAAUGAGAGGAUUGUAACUGUGACACUAUUUGUUUUUUACACGGCCAAAACACGAGCUUCCUAGAUGAACCGCUUCCAGAGUGCAAUCUAAAAGACAGUCGCUUGGACUCCCAGAAAAUAUCAAGUUCACUCUUCCGCUCUUUUUUUGGGAUCUGGCAUUUGACAGGAGGUCAUUAACUUUGUUUACUCUCAGACAAUGGACUCGUCUCUGCUGCCCGCUUCACAGAAUGAGUAUGGCAAGCAGAGGACAGGGGUGAAAUUCACCGUCCGCUCAGCUAACUCUCCCACAUACAGUCUCUCUCGCAGGUCAGGUGUCAGAAAACGGGAGGGCAUAGGAGAAGUUGCAGAAAGAGAACGAUAUAGGACACACACCAACACAAACGGUACAAAUAAGGAUGACGACACAGUCACUGGAUGUGAAACCAGGACUAGGAGUGGCAGCAGUGGCAGCACAAACAGAACGAUCCCAGAGUUUGGCACUGACAGAAGAGAAAACCCUGCAUUUGAAAGCCGGGGAAGAUCGGAGUGGAGGGGAUCCAACCUUACAAGCAGAAGUAAAAGUUUAGAUUUCAAAACAGGGGCUAGAACACCUGAUCCCAAUACCAUAGCUGACUUUUCUCAGCUGUCCAACAACAGUAAAGGGGACACCAGUAAAUAUGCUGGAGCUUUGGAGGGAAGGAGGACACGAAUUGAAGGCAGCGUCAUGGACAGGAUUUCAUCACUACAGGCCUUUAAUUCUGUAGGUGUAAGUAAUCUUCAAGAGAGAAGCGAGCUUUUGGAAAGGGGCAGUAGGGGUAAGACUCUCCCUACCAGGUUAAGAUCCCUGUCUGGAUCUAACUCUAGGUACACAGAGACAUCUUCUUCAUUGGGGCCCAAAAGUGGCCAAAGUAUAAUGGAGCGGAUAGAGAAACUCUUUGGACCUACUGGUUUUGGAAAAAUGGAUGACUACAAAAAUAGGGAUUCCUCUAAUAACUCUGAAACAUCAACAGACUCCCUAAUUUCACAGCGGCAAAAGCCUCAUGAGAAGACAGCAGGGGGCACCUUCCCUAGGAGUUUCUUCUCGAAGGACAGCGAUAGUGCGGUGAAAAGUGGACUUUCACUCUGGACACAAAAAGAUGCCAAUGCCUCAAGGUUUGAGACUUCAUUUUCAUCUGGGGCAAGCAUAACCAGAGAUGGUUCACCAGGAGGGCGGAUGCAGGGAAGGUAUUCAGAGGAAAGUGGAGUUAAUUGGGGCAAGGGUUUUGUGGAAACAGGUACAAGGUCCCUGGAUAGAGCCAGGAGUAGGUCCAGUAUAGCUGCACAAAUUAGAUCUGCAAGGGUAAACGCACAGCCAAAAACUUUGUUAGAAGAGACACCAGAUUCUUUCAGAGAGUCAUCUGAAUUCAGAGACAAAAGCAAAGACGAACCAGAUGAUGGACCAGAUCAAAUAACGGAAUUGAAGGGUGGCAAUGCUUAUGAGGAUGUAUUUGAGACGAAUCCACAGAAAACCAAUGUGAAAGCAGCAGAGAGAAAGAAGGCUCUGUCUGUCUCCUCAGCAGCCAGUGUUAGAAAUAAGAUCAACCAGUAUGAGGCUCUGACACAGCGAGCUCAGAGUUUUGCAACAGGCCAAGUCCAAAUACCCAGACGUACCUUUUCUGUACCAGCACAAGUCAGCAGGGGACAUGAAGGAGUGAAGAAGAGUGGGUCUGCAAAAGAAAUAAGUGAGCUAAGGAAAAAGUGGGCAGGACUCCAAGAAGAAGGGGAGGCACAAGAUAAAGGUGAAGACAAAAUGAUGGGAACAGUAAAGAAGGUUUGGCCUGACAGAAAUUUAUCAGUGGAUGAAACUGGACUAAGAAUAGAGAAGGAACAGACAGGACUAAAUGACUUGGAUCAGAAAAGAAAAACAGACUCUACUGAUGAUUUAAAAUUUUCUGGACCCAAGACUACCCAAGAAAUGCCUCACGAAAAUGACAGAGCUGCAAGUGGAAAGCUUGGCACAGACGAAAUAGAUUUCUCCAAAGCCUCAAGCCCUGAAGAGGCAAGUGAGAGAGACGUGACAGACAACAGUACACCAACCCCACUACCACCCUGUGACCCUUCACACCGGGAAAGGUCACACUCUGAUAUUACUUCACCAGUUAGUGAUGAUGAACAGACUCCAACAAACAGCCCUAGCUAUUUACUGACUACUUCACCAGUGGCACAGCUGAAAGAUCUCACUCCCACUGCCGACAGUGACAACAAAAGCCCUCCCGUCUUCACAUGUCCAGCAAAAGAUCCAGACUCUUCUCCUCGCACUCUUCCUGCAUCUUCUGACAGCAACCUUCAAGAUGUCAUCUCCCCAGACAUCCAAACAACACCCCAGAAAGGCAAGAAACGGUUAUUGGACCUGAAUGCUUGGAUAGCUGGUUUGAACCCAGAUUUGAAAGUCUUUAGUGAUGAUGAGGAUGUUGAUGAUGAUGAAAGCACCCAGAAAGAUGAUGAUUCAAACUAUGAUUCAGACUCUGGGGAGUCUUCGGUUACCAUCACCAGCAAUAUGAGUCAGUCAGAUCGCAGGAGCUUCUCUGUCACUCUUUCGGACCUGUGUAACUUUGCUGGAGCUGACUACGAUUCGGAGAAUGACAGCGAUGACUGGCAGUCAACAAGCCGGCGUACCGCUUCAAUGAGCUCAGAUAUGUCAGCGUUUUCCUGUGUGUCUGUGAUGCCCACUGAGGAGCUCGACAAGCUUGUAGAGGAAGUGAGGAACCUGGGGGAAGAUGCCCUGCAGGACUAUGAUGAUGUGCAGGUAGUGGUUCUCCAUAAAGACGUGGGAGUCGGACUAGGCUUCAGUUUGGCAGGAGGCGUGGACCAAAACAAGCCCAUCACUGUUCACAAAGUAUUUCACUCAGGUGUUGCAGCCAAGCAAGGCUCUAUAAAGGAAGGUGACCAGGUUUUAUCCAUCAAUGGCACAGCACUAUCUGGGAGUGCCCAUUGGGAAGCCUUGAGGGUUUUAAGAAGGGCGAAGGCGAAGGAAAUGGUAGUUGUGGUGGUGAGGAGGGUGGACAUCAUAGACACCGCUAAGAAAGGAGAAGAGGGAAAUAGUCGGGGUCAAACACCGGAACAGUAUGAGACAGGUCAAACAGUGUCUGUGCAACUGCAGAAGAACAGCCGGGAUCUAGGCUUCAGUCUGGAGGGAGGUGAAGGCUCCAGUCUGGGGAACAGACCACUCACCGUCCAGAAAAUCUUCCAAGGAGGUCCUGUUGACAUGGUAUAUCCCGGUGAUGAGGUCCUAGAAGUUCAAGGGACAAGCGUGGUUGGGAUGAGGCGCUUAGAGGCCUGGACUUUGAUCAGAGCACUUCCUCCUGGGCCUGUGGAUGUGGUGCUACGUCGCUCCCAUAAGCAUCUAGAAAUAUGAAGAUUAAGGAAGCGGUUUACUCCUUGUAAGAUUCAGGGUAUGGACCAAAAACAUAAACGCUAUCUAUGAGAGACAGUAUCACCUUCAGUGGGCAAGAACUUGAAAUCUGGACAUGAUAUAGUUAAAAAUGUGUUUAUGUACAGGCAGUAUAAUAACUAUAAUAUCCUAAAGAAAAAGAAAAAUAAGCUCGGAGACCAGGUCAAGGGUGUAUACUUUUCUUACAUGCUCUUUUUUUAACAGGAUUACAUCUACCUCAAGGCCUGGCAAACCUCUAAAUCAGCCGAAUCAUUGAGUAAUUGUGGCUCCUACAUGCAUCAAGCGACCAACAUUUGUAACAGAUAGAUUGAUCAGUUCAAAACAGGUCAUUUGGUACCUUUAAGUGAAAAACUAUGUUGUACUAUAUUGUAAAUAGUUAAUAACUUUUCCAU